AUGGAUCAUUCGAUGCACCAUAUGGGGAUGGAUAUGGAUCAUGGCCAUGACCACGGUGAUAUGGACAUGGGACAGUGUAGUAUGAAUAUGCUUUUCACCUGGUCUACAAAGAAUCUUUGCAUCGUCUUCCCGCAAUGGCGUGUCACCGGCACCUUGUCUCUACUCAUCUCACUUCUACUCAUCGUGCUUUUGACCGCCGGCUAUGAGGGCGUCCGUCAGCUUACAAGACGCUUCGAGGUGGCACAUGCGAAGAGGCUUAGCGCAUACACAACCGCCGCAGUCGGAGGUAGGGAUAGCCGAAAGUCCGUCGAGCAGCGGGGAAAGAUUACCAUGGCGUCAUUGUAUGCUGUGCAGGUCUUCUAUAGCUUUUUCAUUAUGUUGCUUUUCAUGACCUAUAAUGGCUUUGUUAUGCUAGCUGUCGCUGUCGGUGCCUUUGUAGGAUAUCUGGUUUUCGGAGACGACACCUCCGCUAGCAAGACGGUUGCGUGCCAUUAG